UAUCAAUGCAGCAGCGUCGAUUCCCCCAUCUUCCAAAUUACCCUUUAGCUUUGCUUUACCUACAAGCUAUGUUCUUUUAUGGCAGAUUCAUUUUCCUUAUAUUUUCAAUAUGCCAUGGUGAGGAACCCUUCUUGCUUGCGUAUUGAGUGAUAUAGGUAAUAUGGAAGAACAGAUCGAUUCCGUGGGGAAAGCUUUCGUCGAUCAUUACUACCAUCUUUUCGAUAACGAUCGGCCGGCGAUGUCUUCCCUCUACCAGCCGACUUCCAUGUUGACGUUCGAGGGACAGAAAUUACAAGGGGUUGAGGACAUCAUUACUAAGCUUACGCAGUUGCCGUUGGAUCAAUGCCGACAUGUGAUCAGCACCGUCGAUUCGCAACCGGCUUCGGUUACCGGUGGCAUUGUUGUUUUCGUCAGUGGUAGUCUACAAUUGCCCGGCGAAAACCAUCCUCUACAGUUCAGCCAGAUGUUUCAUUUAAGCCCCACUCCUCAAGGGAACUUCUUCGUGCUGAAUGAUAUAUUCCGCCUUAAUUAUUAAUGUUGAUAUUACAUAUGGAUCAAUGUAAACUUAUGUUUGUUUUUAUUUCUUGAAUAAAAUAAAAGCUGAAGUUGCCUUGCCUUGCA